UUCAGUCUCCGAGUUUGUGGUAAUUUGCUACAGCAGCUACAGGAAACUCAUACAGAAUUUCAAGAAGAUACUGAAGUAUUUGUGUCUCUAAAACACAUACUCAUAUCUUUUUUUUAAAAAAUGGAAGCAAAGGAGAGAGAAAAGAAAGGAAAAGAAAAGGCGAAGGCAAAAACCAAGCCAGGCAGUUGAUGAGCCAGUGAAUACGGCAUUAAUCAUCUAUCACACAAAGGCAUGAAAGGCAAAGAAAUUAAUCCUGAAAGGCAUUUGUCUUUUGAAAAUAUUGAUAAAUUCAGGAUUAGAAUGGAACAGGCCUCGUAAUAUGGGCAAACAUAAUACCUCUGUGAAUCCAUCUAAAUAAGCUACAUAAUCUCCUGACAAAGGAGCAGCAGGUACUAUAAGAAGUUUGAAUUUCUUUCCUCCUGAGAUAAUUUUUUGAAAAGAAAGAGCGGAAUGCAGGCUAAAUAAACUGGAUGACUCAGGAAAUGAAUUUGUUUUCAGAUAAUUGCUUCCUAAUGCAGCGAUGACGUGACUGUUAGUCACUUCAAUAGUAAUUCCAUGUAGACAGCAAAUAAAACAGAACACAAAGUCCGCCCCACCCACAGCGAUUACUCUGGUGGGAAAGCCGACGGAAUAGACGUGGAGCAGCCUUUUUGUCGAGCGGUGCCGUGAGAAACCCUGAGCCUGGCGCGGAUGGAUCGGCUCUAGACGUUUUCUUCCUGUUGUGUCUUGUUGCUAUUGUGAAAGGCGUGCUAAGAUAAAGCAGAUGUUCAUCUGGGGAGAAGGGAGCCAGGAGUGUGACGUCACUGGCAGCCAAUCAGAAGCCCUGCUUUCAGCCUCGCAGGGACUAGCCGGGCAACAGGUCUCCAGCCCAGCAAGGCCUUUGUCUCCAGUCAAGGUUGGCCCGCCUUAAGCUUCUUCUAGAUAUUCAGGUGGUGCUGGCAGACCACUGCAGGGGGAACAGAGUCAGAAAGGACUCCGAGCCUGCUUCUAAUCAGAUGUGUACAUAAAACAUGCCCCAUUCAAGAAUAAUGAGAAUGGAACACGGGAAAAUGUAUUAUACUGAUUUGAUACAGGGCUCAAGCACACGUACUUAAGAGUCUGUGGACAGGAACAAAUAUAUUCUUUGCAUGAGUUAGCAUGUGGUUCCCAGGCUUUGAGAAAGGGGGCUUUAGACAUGGUCUUGUUCUGUUGUGGGACUGGGCUGUUUAAUCUGUGAAUAAAUCACCUGUGUGCACAGCCUUGUGCUAAAAGCCCAGAGGAAUACACAUGCAUAGGGCUCCUGAUCCUAAAGGAUUUUUGCAAUCCAGCUGGGAAAAUUAGACAGCCAAGCAACAUCAGUAUGCAAUGCAAUGGAAGUGAAUUUUGUCCUCCUGGCUCUUGCUACUAUAGGAGUUUAUUCAUUUUUUUUCAAUUAAUUGUUGUUGUUGUUAUUCAGUCACUAUGUCAUGUCUUUGUGACACCGUUUUUUUGAGUCUUGACUCUUUGAGACCCCAUGGACUGCAGCACGCCAGGCUCCUUUGUCCUUCACUAUCUCCCGGACUUUGCUCAAAUUCAUAUCCAUUGAGUUGGUGAUGCUAUCUCACCAUCUCAUCCUCUGCCACCCACUUCUCCUUUUGCCUUCAAUCUUUCCCAGCAUCAGGGUCUUUUCCAAUGAGUAAGCUCUCCUCAUCAGGUGGCCAAAGUAUUGGAGCUUCAGCUUCAACAUCAGUCCUUCCAAUGAAUAUUCAGGGUUUAUUUCCCUUAGGAUUGACUGGUUUGAACUCCUUCCCUUCGAUGAAUAGUUAUUUUUACUCUUAAACAUUUUUAUAUAAUUGUUAUAGGUUACUUUCCAUUUACAGUUGUUGCAAAAUAUUGGCUGUCUUCCCUGUAUUGUAUGAUACAUCCUCAAGCCCAUCUUAUACCCGGUAGUCUGUGUCUCCCACUGCCCUGCCCCUGUGUAGCCCCCACACCUCCCCUCCCAGCACUGGUAACCACUGAUUUGCUCUCUAUAUCUGAGUCUGCUUCUUUUUUGUUAAAUUCAUUGGUUUGUUGUAUUUUUGAGAUUCCACAUAUAAGUGAAAUCAUACAGCAUUUGCCUUGCUCUGACUUAUUUCACUUAGUAUAAUGCCCUUCAAGUCCAUCCAUGUUGCAAAUGGCAAAAUUUUGUUCUUUUUUAUGGCUGAGUAGUAGUACUGCGUUCAUUGUUCCUUAUCCAUUCAUCUGUUGAUGGACACUUAGGAUGCUUCCAUGUCUUGGCAUUUGUAAAUAAUGCUGCUGUGAACAUUGGGAUGCAUUCAACUAAUAGCUACCAAGCGCCUAUUUGGUGCCGAGUGCUCCUCUGGACACUGGGACACAGCAGUGAACAAACCAAACCCUACCUCUGCCUCAUUGAGCUUACAUCCUAAUGUAGAGUUUGGAAGAGUCAGACACAUUUUGGGAUACUACUAGACACCAUGAUGCAAUUUAUGAGGCUGGAGCUCAGGGGAGAGACCGGGGCCACAGUUCAGAGAGGGGUGACCUCAGUGUGAGCUGGGAAUGCUUCAGGGAGCAGGAGGCUUGCUUGGGUCCUCAAAGGAUGGCCAGAAUUUGGAGGGACCACGAGGAGCUGGAGAGACUUUUGGAAGGAGAACAAAAUGACCGAGAACACAGGAAGGCAGACUCGGAGUGACGGAGCCGGAAUGGGGGACGCAGAGACAAGCACCUUCCAGGAAGAAUUUUUCCCCCAUGGAAGAUCGCAAGAAUUCAAGAGGGUGAGCAGGAAAGCCUGAUGCCUCUUGAGGUCUUCAGUUCCUAGUGGAACUGCCACUCACACUCCAUUGGGCAAAGAAAGUCAUCCGCGAGCUGACGUGGCUGGGGCAUCAUGCCCACCCUACAGCAUUGCAUGAUACACAGCAGUUCUGUGACCAGGGAUUGAACUGGGACCAUCGGCAGUGAGAGCACAGAGUCUAAACCACUGGACCACCAGAAAAUUCCCUGAUUCCACUUUAAAGGAAACAAGAGAUUGUCUAAAGGAAGAAGCCUCAUCGGCAGCAUGGAUAAGUCACCUGUGGUCAGUGGCAGAGGAGUGACGGUGAAACCAGGCUUUUCCGUGGAUGAGUUUUCUACCUCCGUCCUCACUGGAAAGCUGACCACUGUCUUUCUUCCAGUUGUCUACACAAUCGUAUUCGUGGUUGGUUUGCCAAGCAAUGGCAUGGCCCUGUGGGUCUUUCUUUUCCGAACAAAGAAGAAGCACCCCGCUGUGAUUUACAUGGCCAACCUGGCCUUGGCCGACCUCCUCUCGGUUACCUGGUUCCCCUUGAAGAUCGCGUAUCACAUCCAUGGCAACAACUGGACUUACGGGGAGUCUCUCUGCAAGGUGCUCAUUGGCUUUUUCUACGGCAACAUGUACUGCUCUAUCCUCUUCAUGACCUGCCUCAGCGUGCAGAGAUACUGGGUCAUUGUGAACCCCAUGGUGCACCCCAAGAAGCAGGCAAACAUUGCCAUCGGCGUCUCCCUGGGAAUAUGGCUGCUCAUUCUGCUGCUUACCAUCCCCUUGUAUGUCGUGAAGCAGACCGCCUACAUCCCGGCCCUUAACAUCACGACCUGCCACGAUGUUUUGCCGGAGGAGGUGCUGGUGGGAGACAUGUUCAAUUACUUCCUCUCUCUGGCCAUCGGAGUCUUCCUGUUCCCAGCCUUCCUCACGGCCUCGGCCUAUGUGCUCAUGAUCCGGACCCUCCAGUCUUCUGCCAUGGAUGAGAGCUCGGGAAAGAAGAGGCGGAGGGCCAUCAAGCUCAUUGUCACCGUGCUGGCCAUGUACCUGAUCUGCUUCACUCCCAGUAACCUUCUGCUCGUGGUGCACUACUUCCUGAUCAAGACCUGGGGCCAGAGUCACGUCUACGCCCUGUACAUCGUCGCCCUCUGUCUCUCCACCCUCAACAGCUGCAUCGACCCCUUUGUCUAUUACUUCAUUUCACAGGACUUCAGGGAUCACGCCAAGAAUGCUCUUCUCUGCCGGAGCGUCCGUACUGUAAAGCAGAUGCAGGUAUCCCUCUCGUCAAAGAAAUUCUCGGGGAAAUCCAGCUCUUACUCUUCGAGUUCAACCAGUGUCAAAGGCUCCUACUGAGUGGUCCGGUUCCUCGGUGGAAGUUCUGCUGGAGGCUUUGGAGCCUGCUUACCAUUCCGGAGAUGCUUCUGUUGUUUCCUAACCAAGUAGGUUUCACCACAUACCAUGCAUAUGCAGCACCUCUCAGGGUGGCUGGAAGCUUCCCUGUUUGCAUGAGGAAGUCCCCCCAAUUCACGUGGAAUGUCAGUUUCAGAAUUCCUCUACUCAGGGGCUCCCAGAAAUGGAACUGAUCAAAGCAGACUUUUCAGACGGUGCAGAAAAGACAGAAGCCCCAUGAUGUGCAAAGACUAGUCUUGGCGUGAAGGCUUAAGUUUUUAGCUGCAGCUACGUUUCUUUUACAUCUGGGGUCGGCCCAGCUGUAUUAGGGCUUCAGGGCCCUCAGAGAAGAUCAGUACAGUUGACUGGCUAUACAGAUGGGGAAACUAAAGAGGUGGGGGAGCUGCCGCAAGUGAGGUUUCCGACCAACCGCAACAAGUUUGAAGGGUGAGGUUCUUGUACCACUUCAUCAAAAUCAUUGUGUAUCUUGUUUGAAAAUGUAGAUUUAUUGUACUCAGGAAUCAGAGCUCAGAGUCUGGUGAAGGGCCCAGGAACCUGCAUUUUAACAAGUCUUUCUUACACUCCAGUGUUUGGGAACCUUUGGUCUGGGUACUGCUUCCACUUGACAAGGAGCCAUGGCAAGUUUUGAAAAAUGAACCGAAACAGAACGUUUUGUGUCUCUUUCCCGUCCAGCUCAGAACAAAGUCUGUUCAUUGACUCAUUGGGACUUCCAAUCAUUUCUUUAUUAAUGCUUUGAGCUUUUGUAUGUAUCGUUAUCACUUCAAGGAAAAUACGACGGGCAUUUUAAAUGUGGAAAAGCUAAUUUUGUGUCUUUACUGACUUCAGUGAAAUCUUCAGGUUGUCUGAAUAGUAGAUUUUUUCAUAACUAAGAAUAGUGUUUACCACCUAGUAUUUUUAGAAAUUAUUGGACUAUUUAUUGCCAGUUUUGUUGACUUUUUAUCAAAUAUGAAAUGAUAAAGCCGUCUCUUGAGUUUGAACCACAUCUGUUUGGAAGAGAACACUAAAAUAGAGAUGAUUUGCAAUGUAUUUUAAAAGGUACUUGACUCCAAGCUGACUUUAUACAACUGUUGUAUUUGUGACCUUUUAAAAUAAUUAUUUUACUGUAUGAUUGAUUUAUAAAUAACACAUGACUUUUAUUUUUUACUA